UGGAGAUGAUAUUGAACAUACAGAUGAAAAAGGAAAACCAUCUAAAACUAAAAAUAAACGUGAAUUUAAAUUACUCGAUGCUGAAGAUUGGAUUAAUGAAAAUGAAGAUGAUGAAGAUGAUGAUGAAGGUGAUGAUAAUAAAUCAAAUAAAAAGUCAAAAACAAAGAAGACAGAUAGUACAAAGCCAAAAGAAUCAUGGACUUUAAGUGAUGAUGAUGAUGAAGAUGAAGCAAGUAAAAAACCAGUUAAAAAAGCAAAGACUUCUAAACGUCGGAAUAGUGAAAAUCAAGGAGAAGAUUCCGAUGAUGGUGAUCAUGAAGGUGAUGAAGUUGAAUAUACAAGUGAUGAAUCAUCUGAUGAAGAUGAUAGAGAUGCCAAUACAGCUGGAGCAUCAAUGAAGUAUGAAGUUAAAGGUGUUGAUGAAGAGGUGAAAAAUAUACCAGAUAUGGAAAAAAAACUUGAACAAAUGGAUGAAAAUCCCGAUGGAUUUGAUUUUGAUGAUGAUGAUGAAGAAAUUCCUGAUAUUGAGGAUAAUGAUGAAGAAAAUGAUAAAACAUCAGCUGCUGAUUUAGCAGAUGUUGGUAAAAUGUUAAAAAGUGAUGCUGUUAGUAAAGACUUGGAAUCAAGUUCAGAUGAUGACGAUCUUGAUGAUUCUGAUGAUCCCGAUAAAGAACCGGCAGAUUCACUUGCUAUUCCAACUGGUAAUCAACCAAUUCCAUCUGAACAAGUUAAAACUGAGGUAUUUCGAUGCAGGGAUUUUGAAUCUGAUGUUGGUGUUUGCCAGAGAUGGGCAACUCCAACUCGGAGUUGA